UAAUGAAAAUGUUAAGUAUAUUUGCUCGGCCAAUGAGCCGCGUUAUGCCGCAGUGUGCGAGGAGAAAUUUUUCCGCAGCCCAGGCCAGUGUAAAAGAUGCUCCAGAUAUCAAGGAGGAGUUCCGGCCACUCUAUCUGGACGCUCAGGCCACUACACCUAUGGACCCAAGAGUCGUGGACGCCAUGAUGCCAUACCUGGUUACACAUUACGGAAACCCGCACUCGAGAACACAUUCUUACGGGUGGCAAUCAGAAACAGCUGUUGAAAAGGCCAGGGAGCAAAUUGCGUAUUUGAUUAACGCAGAUCCAAAGGAGAUUGUAUUCACUUCAGGAGCUACAGAGUCGAAUAACAUUGCCGUAAAAGGAGUUGCGAGGUUUUAUAAAAGCAAGAAAACUCAUUUGAUCACAUGCCAAACAGAGCACAAAUGUGUACUUGAUUCUUGCCGCUUUCUACAAGGCGAAGGCUUCAAGGUCACGUACCUUCCUGUGAAAACAAAUGGUUUGAUUGAACUUGAACAGUUAGCACAAGCGAUUACACCAGAGACCAGUUUGGUAUCGAUUAUGACAGUUAAUAAUGAAAUCGGAGUAAGGCAACCAGUUGAAGAAAUUGGCUCGCUUUGUCGUGAGAAGGGAGUGUUUUUUCACACCGACGCCGCCCAGGCUGUUGGUAAAAUACCUCUGGACGUGAACAAAAUGAAAAUUGAUUUGAUGUCAAUCAGUGGUCACAAGAUAUAUGGACCGAGAGGGGUGGGUGCACUGUAUGUGAGGAGGAGGCCGAGGGUGAGGGUGGAGGCCAUCCAGAGUGGAGGGGGACAGGAGAGGGGCAUCAGAAGUGGCACUGUGCCCAGCAACUUAGUCGUCGGAUUCGGAGCUGCGUGUGAAUUGGCCUUCGAGGAGAUGGACUACGACACAGAUAGAGUGUCAUAUUUGUCAGAGAGACUGGUGAAUGGAAUCACGUCACAGCUGGACCACGUGAUCCGCAAUGGGGAUCCAGACAUGACAUACCCUGGAUGUGUGAAUCUCUCAUUCGCACACGUGGAGGGAGAGAGUCUUCUUAUGGCUCUCAAGGACAUUGCACUCUCCUCUGGCUCUGCAUGUACUUCUGCCUCUCUGGAGCCCAGUUAUGUGUUGAGGGCCAUAGGCGCAGACGAGGACAUCGCCCACUCCUCCAUCAGAUUCGGAAUAGGAAGGUUCACAACAGAAGCAGAGGUCGAUGUGACUGUGGCCAAGACAGUGUACCACGUGAACAGACUGCGGGAGAUGAGUCCCUUGUGGGAGAUGGUGCAAGAGGGCAUUGACCUCAAGACCAUCAAGUGGACACAACACUAGAGAUGGGCUAGUCAGACAGACAGACUAGUCAAAUUCAGAACCAUCAGACGCAACCAUCGAAACAUUUUGCUAACUUUGUACUUGCAGUACCGAAGUAAAUUUGUACCGAAGUAAAAUUGAAAACUCCAUGUGAGUUCAAUGCUGCCGAUCUUAAUGAUAAUUUGAGUUCUUAAGAAUAAUUGCACUGUUAAUUUAGACUGUGCGACUUGAAACCGAUGGUGUGUAUUUAUAUCUUAACUGUAAUUCUCAGUUUCUAUAGAUUUCGGCGGCUGAGAGUAAUUAUAUGCAUAAAUAGAUGGAUAAUGAUUGGUAUUGACUAUCGAUAAAACCAAAUGCUACAGAAAGAUAAAACUGAUAUGAUCUUUUCGUUGAUUGAAUUGUUUGCUGUUAAUGAACGAUAGAGUAAAUUAUUUUGUUGCUGAAAUAGAAGUUAGUUCAUUCCAA